AUAAUGAACGAGGGGAGGGUAGUUUUGUAAUGCAGCAGCUGUAUGUCCUGCCCGGGCUUGAAUCCGUGAGCAAGCUUUUCUUUGCUGCUACGCAAAAGAAUCAUCCUGGACUUGGGCCUGCAGAGUUGGAGCAAUGACCGAUGGAGAAGACGUAGCGCGGCGCCGCACGGCGGUGGCGGAGUACCGUAAAAAACUCCUACAGCACAAAGAACUCGAGUCCAGAGUACGAUCAGUGCGAGAGAAUUUGAGAUCCUCUAAGAAAGAGUUCAACAAAACAGAAGAUGAUUUGAAGUCUCUCCAAAGCGUUGGACAGAUCAUCGGAGAAGUACUCAGGCCUCUUGACAAUGAACGAUUGAUUGUCAAAGCAAGCAGUGGCCCCAGGUAUGUUGUUGGGUGCCGCAAUAAAGUGGAUAAAGAAAAGCUGACUGCUGGAACUAGAGUGGUUCUUGAUAUGACAACUCUUACAAUCAUGCGGGCUCUUCCACGUGAAGUUGAUCCCGUUGUUUAUAACAUGUUGCAUGAAGAUCCUGGCAAUGUCAGUUAUUCUGCUGUGGGUGGUUUAUCAGAUCAAAUCCGAGAACUCAGGGAAUCUAUUGAACUUCCUCUCAUGAAUCCUGAGCUCUUCCUUAGAGUGGGAAUUAAACCUCCCAAGGGUGUUCUUCUUUAUGGGCCUCCUGGUACUGGGAAGACAUUGCUAGCUAGAGCCAUUGCCAGUAAUAUAGAUGCCAACUUCUUAAAGGUUGUUUCAAGUGCCAUUAUUGAUAAAUACAUCGGAGAAAGUGCGAGGCUGAUACGAGAAAUGUUUGGAUAUGCACGUGAUCACCAACCCUGCAUUAUUUUUAUGGAUGAGAUUGAUGCCAUUGGUGGACGCCGCUUUACUGAAGGAACAAGUGCUGACCGUGAGAUUCAAAGAACGUUGAUGGAGCUACUUAAUCAGCUAGAUGGAUUUGAUCAGCUGGGGAAGGUGAAAAUGAUAAUGGCGACAAAUCGGCCUGAUGUUCUUGAUCCUGCACUUCUUCGUCCAGGACGGCUGGAUAGGAAGAUAGAGAUUCCAUUGCCAAAUGAGCAAUCAAGAAUGGAAAUCCUUAAGAUCCAUGCUGCUGGGAUUGCGAAGCAUGGGGAGAUUGACUAUGAGGCUGUUGUGAAGCUUGCAGAGGGCUUUAAUGGGGCCGACCUUCGUAAUGUUUGCACGGAAGCUGGAAUGUCUGCUAUUCGUGCUGAGCGCGAUUAUGUUAUUCAUGAAGAUUUUAUGAAGGCUGUUAGGAAACUGAAUGAAGCGAAGAAACUUGAGUCGACUGCUCACUACAAUGCUGAUUUUGGGAAAGAGUAAGUCUCAUGUCUUCACAGUACGAGCCACAGAUUUUCUUGGCAGUGCUCUCAUAAGCUCUCCACAUACACCUUUGGAUUUUAGAGAAGUCUAUCUGCUUUAGAGCAGCCAAUUAUGUGCACAGUAUGCCUUGUUUGGGUGAAUCAACCAACGGCAAGGAAGGGGAAAAUUUGUACUGAAAUAGCAUGACUGAAAUCUCUCAAUUUAUUCAGAUUUUAAUUUCAUAUCAUUAUUUAUUGGAA